CUCUGUUCUCAGCUCCUACUCCGCCACUCAGCGCUCUCCCAUUCACCGCCGAACCGCGCCGCUCGGCAGCCGACAGCACCUUCCAGCCUGAGCGAAACCGCAGGAGCCGAGCCGGAGGGGGAGACGCCUGGCGGAGAAUGGAAUGGAACCUCAGAAGGAUGGAGAGUGAACUGAAGCACAUCAACCCGGACCUGCUGCAGCCCAGCAAGAGCUUCAAGAAGCCAUCAUCAGGCACCAUCACCCUCAAUGUCGGCGGCUUCCUGUACACCGCCCACCGGACCACACUGUCCAAACACCUUGGCUCCUUCCUGGAGGAGCUGGCCAAUGGGAAGAAGGCGGUGCAGCACACCGACUCCAUGGGCAACCCGUUCAUCGACAGGGACGGCCCAGUGUUCCGCCACGUGCUCAACUACCUGCGAACCGGAGAGCUGCAGCUGCCUGACGACUUCCGGGAGGCGGGGCUCCUGCGGCGUGAGGCGGACUUCUACCGCCUGGGCGAACUGGUGGAGGCGGUGAGCGAGUGGGAGAACCAACGGGCCGCCCAGCGCGAACCUGCCUUCCUAGAGGUGACGGACAGCCACGAGAGGUCGCAGGGCCUGAAGGUGUACUGCAGCGACGCAGGCUUCAUCGACAAGGUCAAAGGGCGGCUGGUGCAGAUCUCCAAGAGCCGGCUCGAUGGCUUCCCGGAGGAGUUUGUCGUGUCGUCGAACGUCAUCCAGUUCCGCCACUUCAUCAAAUCGGAGCCGGGCUCGCGGCUCGUCCUGAAGGAGGACAGCACCUUCCUGUGCACGCUGGACUGCCUCAAACUGGAAACGGUGAUGCUGGCGCUCAAGGCGGGCUUCAAGCUGGUCACUGCGCUAGACAGCAGCAAGGGCUCGGUAGUGGCAGCAGAGGCCCUGCACUUCGUCAAAUAGGAAGGAGGCAGGGUAGGCAGGAAGGGGUUAACAGCCACCAGGUACUGUAGGUGUUGUUCUGUGUAACGUGGUAGAAGACUGACGGAUUGAGUCGUAUGUAUUUACUGAACAGCAGGCAUACGCUGCAAAAACACGAUUUGAGUUUUUAAUUUACUCCGAAGGGACGAUGCACAUUAAUUAACAUUUUGGUAAAUGCGCCGAAAUUAGCCAAAACGCUUUUUUCUAUCUGUUGUCCCUGGAAAGUGAGUAACUGGUGUUGCUAAAAAGCAAAAGUUAAAAUGACUUUAUACAAAUUUUGUCAAUAAAUAUAAACAGUACACUGCAAAAACAUAAAGUUAAAAAAUUUUUUUUAUGUACAUCAAUAAUUUUGUAACUGGGCCAGAAUUAGCCAAAACGCUAGUUUUUCCUAGAACGUCAGUAACUUGUCUAGCUGAAAACAAAAAAUAACACAAUUCAUUGACAAAAUUGUUCUAAUUUUGUCAAUGAAUACAAACAAGACUCCGCAUUAACAGAAUUUUUUUUAUUAUUAUUUAUUUGUUAGGGAAACCUUACAUUAAUUAACAUUUUUGUGAAUGUGCCAGAAUUAGCCAAGCCCAUAUUUUCCCUAGAAACUUAGUAAUUAUAGCUAAUAAUAAAGAAACGUUAAAAUGGCUUGACACUAAAUUUGUCAAUAAAUACAAACAAUACAUUGCAAAAACAGAAAAUCGUAGUUUUUUUUACCUCCAUUUUUUUUUAAAUUUGUUAGAGACACUUUACAUUAGUUAAUGUUUGUUAAUGCGGCUGAAUUAGCCAAAAUGCUAUUUUUCAUUUGUUGUCCCUGGACAAUGAGUAAUUUGUUAAAUUAAAAACAAAGAAAGGUUGAAAUUCAUUUUGUCAAUAAAUACAAACAGUACACUACAAAAGUGUAAUAUAUUACCAAGUAUAAUCUGCCAGUUGAACAAGUACUUUUUCAUCAACAUUAAAGAAAUAUUGCCUGAAAACAAGCUCAUAUUUCUAUCUGUUUUUGCAGCGUAAAUAAACUAACAAACACAGUCAUUAUUUAAAAAAAAAAGUAUGUAAAGUAACUAAAACUACAUUAAUCCUUCAUCUAGAUGGCAAAACAACACAUGGUGGGAUUAGGAGAAAAUACUUAAUAUUCAAAAUGUUGACAGAUCUGAGGUGUUAUGAAAUAAAUUAUAGGUAGUAAGAACUCUGACUGUCUGAUUGACAACACAUUAGUAACUACUUUUGUCUAGUUCUACUUCAAAUAUCUUAAUUCACCUGAAUUAAGACAAAACUAACUUACAAGUAACUUUUCAGCAACAAAAAUAGGAGCUUAUUUCAAUCAAUCAACUUUAUUUUUGUACCGAUAGAUUUACAGUGGGAUGCAGCACACACAAAAGAAAUAUAAAUAUAACAUGAUUAAAUGUGUUCAAAUACUUCAAUAGGACCAGAUAAAAUAAGAAUAAUAUAAAAUCAAACUUUGGAAACUUCUGGCAACAAAAAUAAAACUGGUUUUAUUCUGUUUAGUUUUACAUUCGGAGAUUAAUUAUCUGCAUCCAGAUGUUUUAAGCCAUUAAUUCUUUAAUAUUGAUGGAAGAAGUGAUAUUAUAAAUGAAAAAAGUUUCACUUGUAACAUGGGAGAAAUGUCUUGUAAGUGAAAUAAACUGCCAGGGGAACUGGAAUGUUUUCCAUUAAAGUCUUAUUAACUUUAAUAUCUUGCUGAAAAGUUACUUGUGAUUGAGUAUCGUCUUAUUUUAAGAGUAGUAAUUUGUUUUCACUAAAAACUAGACAAAAACAGUUGGUGGUAUUUUAUGUUUUUGCAGUGUACAGUCUGGUAACAGCUUCUUUUGAUAUGGUAAUCUUAAUUAAAACACUUUGGUUUUUAACUACGCACAAUUUCAAACAUAAAUGUAUAACAUAAUCCAGUUCAUUUAUUUGAAAUAAUUAAAAAGAAAAAAAAAACUACUGCUGUAAAAUUUAUCAAUAAAGUAAAAUUGGUAAUUUACUUUUGAGACAUAGAUUUUAAGAAAAAUAUAAUAUUAUCCCUUUUUUGUCAUUCUGGUUUUUACACUAUUAGGUCAACAAAUUGAUCUUAGUUGGUGAAUUAGUGAGUCUCUCCAGGGUGAUGCGAUGGUUUUUUAUGAUUAUUACAGAUUAAAAUGACUGGUUUUUCAGCAUUUUUUCAAAAAGUUUACAUUUAUCAAGCUUUAUUUUUUUGAUCUUACCAAAAAAAAAAAUAAUAAUUAAUUGCUGCACAUGACCUUCCCAAAAAAGACAGAGUUAAUAUUAAGACUGCAAAUAAAAUUUUCAAAUUGAAAUAGCAAAACAACAAAUAAAAACAUUUUCAGACGAGUUGUCAAAUGCAAAAAGAAUUAAAUACUGGACAUUAAAGGCAACAUGAACACGGUAUAAUGAAAUCUGACAGAAUAUCUCAAAAUUAUUUUUGAAAUGAAGAAAAAGAGAGAAGAAAUAGAGUUUUUGAGAAACUGUCAAUCAGGAAGUUACAUUUUGAUUGGUCAAAAUUCAGCUAAAUUGCAGUGAUUGGUCAGAAAAAGGAAAUACAGAAAACAUUAAGGAAUUACAUUUGUGGAAAAGUUGCAAAUUGUGAAAAUUGCAAGUCUGUGCAAAGUUUGCAAAUUAUUAAUUGCAUUUUCAUUAAUAGUUGAUAGAGCAGCUUCCUGGAGGAACUGAUUGGUCCGACUUUCUAUUCUGAUACUCCAAUCAGAGUCAUGGCUUCUGCUCCACUCCAUGUUUUCAUGGCGGGAAAUAUUUCCAAAAUCCAAAUCUGUCUUACUUGCAAGAGUUCAUAAGUGUUUAAUCAUCAACAGGUGGGGGAGGGUAACUUUUAAGCCAGGAGAAAACGGCUCUGGCAUCUCAUUAGAAAGACUUUAAAACGGUGUGAAGACAUUGAAACUUGUAACCAGCCCAUCCAUCCUGCACAGAGGUGGCUUAUAAACAAAGUUUACAGCAUUUCAAUAUAAAAAAUUUGCACUCUCCAUUUCCACAACUCAAAAUAAUCCGGAUAAUCCGUCCUGAACAGCUUUGGAUCCGUUUCAGCUUGCAAAAGCCUUCACAACCAGCCGUGAUGUGCACUGUUGUGCCAUUCAGCUUUUAUAACGGCCUCUGUGUGAGCGGCGUGUGUGAAAGUGUGUGUGCGUGUGUGUGUGCUUCGCUGGUGUAAUAGCUUGUGUUCAGUUUAUUAGCUUCUCUGGAGCCUGAAGGUAGAAGACAAAGCACAGAAUAAAAUAAAACUUCACCAAAAUGUUUAAGUGCAAAGAACUGUGAUGAUCGUAAGGGCUUUGAAUGCAGCAUGAUGCAUGUGCACUGAAUAAUCUGCGUGGUUGUGGCGCUGUGAGCCUCUGUGAAAGCCACUUGUCACAACUAUGACUUUUAAAUGUGAAUAUUUUACAAAUAAAAAUAAUUAUC